UUAAGUAUUGCAUGCUUGAAUAUAGAAAAAGAUCUUCUGCCAUUGGAAGCCCGGGAGAAUGCACUGAAGAAGCUUUCAGAAGUUAUUUCUAGGUACCCUGAUGGGAUGCCCCUGCGUGAUGAAGACAUGAAUAUUCAAAGUAGCUCGUACAAAAAGGCAGUUCGAAGGUUGGAGGCAUUAGAGAACCUAUUUGAAAGGCAUGAAAUAGCAAAAUCCCCACUUAUUGAGCAAAAGCUCAAAGUUCUACACAUGAAGGAAGAGCUGUCAACCAAGAUCAAGUCGAUUAAGAAAGCAAUGCGUUCUUCAACAGCAUUGGCUUUUAAGGAUGAACUCAAGGCCAGAAAACGGGUUCUACGGAGGCUAGGAUAUAUAACCAGUGAUGAUGUUGUCGAGUUGAAGGGAAAGGUUGCAUGCGAGAUAAGUAGUGCAGAUGAGUUGACCCUAACAGAGCUCAUAUUCAGUGGCGUUUUAAAGGAUAUAAAGGUGGAGGAAAUGGUGGCUCUACUCUCUUGUCUCGUGUGGCAGGAGAAGCUCCAAGAUGCUGCAAAGCCCAGGGAAGAACUGGAAUUGCUUUUUACGCAAUUACAAGAUAUAGCUCGGAGAGUUGCCAAACUUCAGCUUGAAUGCAAGGUCCAAAUUGAUGUGGAGAGCUUUGUAAGCACCUUUCGGCCUCAUAUUAUGGAAGCUGUGUAUGCUUGGGCAAAAGGAUCGAAGUUCUACGAGAUUAUGGAAAUUGCACCAGGUUUUGAAGGUAACAUAAUCAGGGCCAUCAGAAGAUUAGAAGAAGUUGUUCAGCAGCUAAUAGUAGCAGCCAAGUCAAUUGGUGAAACAGAACUGGAAUCAAAACUUGAGGAGGCUGUUUCCAAGAUUAAAAGAGAUAUAGUAUUUGCUGCCUCACUAUACUUGUAAGGGGUGUGUGUGUGUGUGUGUUUGUUUUUUGGGUAGCUGGCUGUGGUUGCUACGCUGGGAAUAGGAUCAAAUAGCCAAAAUGAGGAAAUAGGAAAAGUUAAAAAGAACUGAGAUAUGCAUAAUUUUUAUGGGAAAAGUAAUAGCGUUAAAUUUGAUUCUUCCCUGGUUUCAAAAGUGUAAUUUCAUAAAAUGUAUUGAGCAUGAAAUUUUGUUUUUCUUAUUAAUUAAAAGAAUGAAUUAUGU